AUUUUUUGUUUUCGCCUUUCAUUUUUUCCUUAACUUCUCUUAGUUUGUUUGAAUUUUUCUUAUUUUUUUAUAACCAUUCUAAGCUUUGUAGACUUUCCUUAUUUUUCUAUAAACUAAUUUUUAUUUUGAAAAUAAGCAAAAUUAAGAUAAAAACAACAAACCCUUGUCAAUACCUAAAUAAUCAAUGAAAGUGAGUCAAAAUUUGGUAAAAACUUUUAGAAGUGUAUGACCAUUAAAAUAGUCGUCCGGGAAGAAGGGGGUAGAGGACUACAAUUCAACAACAACGUACGUAACGUAAAAUAGUUUCUCGUGUCUUGAAGGAAGUGUGUAAACAGUAAGUUGAUCAACCACAUUAUAUAAGUUCUAAACCUCUCCUCUUAUUUGCAUUAUAACAUCACUCAAAAUACUUCACAAGAAAUUUGAUCGACCAAAACAUUACAAAAACAGGAAGUGUGUUAACAUGGCCCCUACUUCUCUUAAACCUGUGCAAGAGUUACUUCAAAGUGGCUAUGUGCCCGAAACCUACAUCCAAAAACUUGAGGAUGAUGGUCCUGUUCCAUUGAUGGACAGUCCUAUCAUCGACUUUUCGCUCCUUUCAUCGUCAAACCCUGAAGAACUUAAGAAACUUUGUUCUGCUCUUAGUUCAUGGGGUUGUUUCCAGCUUGUGAAUCAUGGUAUAAAGAGUGAAUUGCUUGAUGAGAUACGAGAAAUGAGCAAGCAAUUCUUCAAAUUGCCGCUAGAGGAAAAGGAAAAGUACUCAUCCAAAGGUGAUAGCCUUGAAGGUUAUGGAAAUGAUAAUGCAAUUCGACGUGGUAAUUUCAACUGGAAUGAUAAACUUCAUCUUCAAGUUUUUCCACAUUGUAAGCGCCAACUUCAAUAUUGGCCUGAGAAACCUCAAAUUUUCAGGGAAACUUUGCAUGAUUAUUCAAUCAAGACUGAGCUCGUGACUAACGUUCUCCUAAAAGCUAUGUCACGUUCCUUAAAGUUGGAAGAGAAUAGAUUCUUUGAACUAUGGGGAGAUGACAAAGAAGAUAUAAUACAUGCAAGGUUCAAUUUUUAUCCUCGAUGUCCGAGCUCGAAUCAAGUCGUUGGAUUAAAAGCACAUACAGAUGGAUCCGCCAUCACCAUUCUUUUGCAAGACAAGGAGAUAGAAGGGCUUCAAGUUUUAAAAGAUGGUCAAUGGUUUAGGGUUCCCAUCAUUCCUGAAGCCCUCGUCAUCCAUGUUGGUGAUCAGUUGGAGAUAGCAAGUAAUGGCAUAUUCAAGAGUCCGAUCCACAAAGUCGUUAUAAAUCCACAAUGUGACCGAAUCUCUUUAGCAAUGCUUCCUCUUCCAAAUCCAGAAAAGGAGAUUGGGCCACUCAAAGAACUAAUCACCGAGGACAGACCUCAAUUAUACAAGAGGCUCAAGGAUUAUGGCCAAGUUUACUUCAAAUACAUGGCUUCAGAGGAAAGGCAGAUUAAUGUUGUCAAAAUUAAUAACUAGAGGGAGUUGCUACUCAGUGUUUAGGAUAUACUCCAAUAAAGAAGCCUUUGAAAUAAUGUUUUUAUAUUGCUUUACGCGUGUUAAUUAUAUCUUAACGUGUGUUAUUAUAUCAUAUGUAUUAGUAGAUUUAAUCAAGAUUAUGUUUUAGUUUUAAGAUUGUACGAAUUGGUGAUAACUACUAUGGUGUUCGAUUUGAAUAAAUAGUAAAAUAGCUUAUCUCUUUAUAUGAAAUUGGUAGUGGGCAUCUUU